AUGCCGCCUGUUGGAGGCGCCAAUCGCAGCAUCAAAGUGGUGUUGAUAGGGGACUCGAACGUCGGUAAAUCAUGUCUUCGACAAAGGUUCCUGUCCGCGAGGUUCACCACGUCAUACAAGGCAACGAUUGGCGCCGAUUUUAUGGCCAAAACGCUGCCCCUGACUCCCCACGAUGCUGACGGCCCGAAAGCCACUCUCAUAAUUUGGGAUACUGCAGGACAAGAGCGGUUCAAUGCACUUGGAAGCGCUUUCUAUCGUGGCGCAGACGCCGUCAUUCUCGUGGUCGACAGCUCAAAGGCGAACGCAAUGGAUAAUGCUAAGAAAUGGAUCGAGACGUUCAAAGAAAGGACGCCGGUAUCAAGAUGUGAAGAUGUCCGGAGAUUCUGUUGGAUCUGUGUUGGGACGAAGGCAGAUUUG